UCUGCAGAUAUCAUAGGAGAAGCAGAAUAGCUCAAAUGCAAGUGAUUUUACCAUAUAAACAAGUUUGAAAAAUAGAGAAUGCAUAUAUAACCUAUAGGGGAUGACAAUUGCAGAGAAUAGACUGCCCUGAGUAAACAUUAGAAUUGAAGACAUUGAAUAAUACUCCCCUGGGAAUACACUGAUUAAAAAUAAAAACGAGAAAGAAACUUUUUUGAACCGUCUCUUCGUUUGCUUGCUUUGACAAUACUUGCCGUGUUGAGCCUACCAUGAAGUUGAGGGGAAGUUUUCCAUAUUGGUUUGACAUCCGCAAUAAGAAACAGGGAAAUUAUUUCGUCCAAUCUCGGUUAGAUGGGCAUGGGCUUAAGGCUCAAAAUUCGUCCAAUCUCGGCCUGUCCGUUUGACGCUGACACCAUAAACCCCACCUUCCUAUCCAAGUCUUAAACCCUGAAAACCCUAACUCAACUCUUCUCCAUCUCAGAAAGUCAGUACCACUUAGCUACCCAAUAAAGUUCAAAAACAAGAAAGAAGAAAUGGAGGUGAAAACAGAGAUGACGAACAACGUGAUGUGUCUAUUAACAGACCCAGAAGGGAAUCCGUUAGGAGCUCCAAUGUAUCUCCCUCAGAACGCGGGUCCUCAACAGCUCCAACAAAUCGUUAACAAACUUCUCAACAAUGGGGAGAAAUUACCGUAUGCUUUUUAUAUAUCUGAUCAAGAACUUCUUGUGGCCCUUGGGACUUACUUAGAAAAACACAAAGUUUCUGUGGAGAAGGUUCUGUCGAUAGUUUAUCAACCGCAAGCUGUUUUUAGAAUUCGUCCUGUGAAUCGUUGUUCAGCCACGAUUGCUGGUCAUAUGGAAGCUGUGCUUUCUGUAGCUUUUAGUCCUGAUGGGCGACAGUUAGCUAGUGGUUCAGGUGAUACCACUGUUCGAAUAUGGGACCUCAAUACCCAGACACCAAUGUACACAUGCACAGGACACAAGAAUUGGGUUCUUUGUAUAGCGUGGUCACCUGAUGGUAAGCAUCUUGUCAGUGGGAGCAAGGCUGGAGAACUGCAAUGUUGGGACCCAGAGACAGGAAAGCCAUCAGGCAAUCCACUCACUGGUCACAAGAAAUGGAUUACUGGUAUCUCUUGGGAGCCAAUCCACUUGAAUUCUCCUAGUCGUCGCUUUGUAAGUUCUAGCAAAGAUGGGGAUGCACGUAUUUGGGACAUUACCUUGAGGAAAUCUGUUAUUUGUCUUAGUGGUCACACACUUGCAGUGACUUGUGUGAAAUGGGGUGGAGAUGGAGUGAUAUACACAGGCUCUCAGGAUUGUACUAUAAAAGUCUGGGAAACUACACAAGGGAAACUGAUUCGUGAAUUGAAGGGUCAUGCACAUUGGGUUAAUUCCCUUGCAUUGAGCACCGAAUAUGUUCUUCGGACUGGGGCUUUUGAUCAUACAGGCAAACAGUAUUCCUCUCCUGAGGAAAUGAAAAAGGUUGCUCUGGAGAGGUAUCACAAAAUGAAAGGCAAUGCUCCUGAAAGAUUGGUUUCAGGAUCCGAUGAUUUUACCAUGUUCCUCUGGGAACCUGCUGUCAGCAAACACCCCAAAACUCGGAUGACUGGUCAUCAACAGCUUGUGAACCAUGUUUACUUUUCACCUGAUGGGCAAUGGGUGGCAAGUGCCUCAUUUGAUAAGUCUGUGAAGUUAUGGAAUGGUAAGACAGGGAAAUUUGUUGCUGCUUUUCGGGGCCAUGUUGGGCCUGUUUAUCAGAUCAGCUGGUCUGCAGAUAGUAGGCUUCUCUUAAGUGGUAGCAAAGAUUCCACACUGAAGGUUUGGGAUAUCCGGACACAGAAGCUGAAACAAGACCUCCCAGGCCAUGCAGAUGAGGUCUUUGCUGUUGAUUGGAGUCCAGAUGGUGAGAAAGUUGCCUCUGGUGGUAAGGACAAAGUAUUGAAGUUAUGGAUGGGCUAAGACUAAUCAAAGUAGACAGAAGGGCAUGGAAUUACAUUCUUAAAACGUCAGUUGAUGAGGGCAUAUAGCAAAUAUUCAUCAACACCAAUCAGUUUCGUUUGGCCAUCUUUUUCCUCUAUGCUUUCUGAGAUAUGCUAAGGUGCCAAGAACAAUGAGAUUAAAAUAUCAAUUGCAAGGAUGGUUGGUAGAACGUUUCAUUACAGCAGAAUUGCCAUUUGGACCAUUGCUCAAAUUGUUUCGCAGAUGAGCAAGUGGGGUUCUCACCUUAUAGUCACAAUGCUCUGCUUGCAGAUCAAAGUUCUAUCUGUUUCUGUUUGUUUUGGAGGAUGAGUUGGUUGAUUACGUAGGCAUUCACAAAUUUAUUUUCUUUCCUUUUGUUGCUUUGUAGCUUGAAUGUGUUGAUGUUUACCAAAGCUGUGCAUCAGCAAAUAAGUGGCAUGUCUCAACAGUUAGUUGGAAAGUAAAUUGUUUCUGUAAAUGUAAUAUAUUUAUUACUCUUUUACCCCCUCGCUGCCUAGACUGUUGAUAUGCAAUAAAAUAUUUCUUGCAGACA